AUGCCGCAAAAGACAACACUCUAUGUCAUAUACAUGCCAUACACGCUGAAAGAGUACAAUAUAGGGCACCUUCUGACGACGUGCAGGGUAAGCGAGCGAGAGGCCAACAACGGAAUGCGCGUGACCAUGCUCGAAAACAAGCCAAUCGAGUCUGAGGAGGUGAACGGCAAGUGCCAGUACACCGAAAAAACCCUUGACUUCUCGAAAAAGGUCCCUGCUUUUUUCCGGACGAUUGCGCCCAGCGGGUCUUUGACCAUGAACGAAGCUUCGCACAACGCGUUCCCGGUGUGCAAAACCAUAUACACGAGCGGGGCUCUGUCUGAAAAAAAGUUUGUCGCGAAGAUAAACACUCUCUUCUUUGACGGGCACAAGGCGCCUGUUGACCCGUUUACAGACGGGGUUGUGUCUGAAAAGUGCGAGGUUCUAGACCUUAUCCACGGCCAGCAGCUGGCCGAGGGAAUAAACCUUGCAGAGCUCACAGACGAAAGUGGCGCCCCCAUGUUUGGCAAGGACUGGGAGAAAACCCGCCCUGCCGUCAUGACUAUAUUCAAGCGCGUGCAGAUAGACCUGCACAUACCUAUUAUAGGCCGGCGGUAUAUCGGCGACGUGGACAGCUUUAUGCGGAAAAUAUUCAUACAGGGCCACCAGGAGGUAAUUAAGUACCACAGCGAGUGGAAGAACAUGACAAUGGACCAGGUGCGGGAGGAGGAGAGAAAGGUCAAGGAGGAGCUGGACUUGAAAUACCCUCCAAAAAAGAAGUAA